CCAAAGAACUGGGAAACCUCCUGAAGUAAAAAAAAAAAAAAAAAAAAAAAAAAAAAAAAAAUCAAUGGAUUCUCUGUCCUCUGUAUCUCCCUCAAUCAUGCUACCUCCCGUACGCCACCAUCUCAACACUCCUCUUCUCAAUUCCUUUCCUUCUCGGUGCUACAAUCGCCCCGUCCUCUCACCUCCUUUGUCUUCCAAUUCUUCGCUUUUGCAGAGGCGGAGGCGGAAUGUUUGGGUGUUGCGCGCUAAAUCGACCGGCAGCUCCGACGGUGGAGCCGUAUUUAACGGUGGUGGUGAGGGAGGGAGUGAUGAUGAUGAUGAUGCAGAGGUAGAAGAAGCUUUGCAAUUGGAUGGGACUAUUCCUGGAACUUCCGAUGAGUUUGUGAAGCAGGUUUCGUCUCGUGCUUAUGGUAUCCGCCGCCAUCUCCACCAGUCUCUCGAUUCCAGUAGUUACGAUGUUCUGGAUGACAAUCCUUGGAGGGAUACGUCAAAACCUGUGUAUGUCCUAACCCAGAAGGAAAACCAACUGUGCACAAUGAAAACUCGAAGGAGCCGCAGUGAAGUUGAAAGGGAGCUUGGUUUAUUAUUUUCAAAGGGGCGCAAAUUUGGUUCAGACUUUGGCAAUCAGACCAAGCAAUCAAGAAAUGGCAAUAAAUUUCAAAUGGUUGUGGAGGACGUGAGGGAGGGAAUACUUAUAUUUGAAGACCAAAAUGAAGCAGUAAGAUACUGUGACCUGAUGCAAGGCGGGGGUCAAGGUUGUGAAGGUGUUGCAGAGAUAGAAGCAUCUUCUGUUUUUGAUCUCUGCCGAAAGUCAAGAGCUCUGGUUGUUCUAUUCCGCAGAGGCAGGACACCACCUCAACCCGAGAGCUUGCAACUUAACUUGAGAGCUCGAAAGCGAUCCCUUGAAGACUAACAUGGUUCACCUGUGCAGAAUUGUAUAGAAAAACAGGUAUUUGAAAGCGGGAUACAAGAACAUAGUGUAGUAAUACAGUAAUUGUAAUGUAUAUAGUAUACACAACUAAAAGUCAUACAUCAAUGUAAUUGCAUACUUGUAAAUGUUAUCUUUGUCGUCAUUGAUUCUCUUCUCUAA